CAUUAACUUUAAUACCUUCAUUUGUCCACCGUCUUUCCUUUGAGCUUUUUCCUCUGUUCUCCAAUGGCAUACGAUUACAGAAACAAACCCGGCCACUACGAUGCUCAUCCACCGAUGUACGGCCCGACUGCUUCUUCUUCCCCAUCUCCCUCUCCCCAUCCCAUGUAUUCACAGUCAAUGUACCCCAGGAUCGGUCAACAAGCUCCUUCAACGACCACUCCGGUGGCCCGUCUCUCUUCCCAUCAUCAUUCUUCUUCUCCAUCUCCAUCUCCAUCUCCUUCUUCCUCUUCAGGAUUGGGCAUCAGGGUUACCAUUAAACCGGAAUAUCGAAUUACUCCUCCGCCUCAAUUAUCUCCACAAAUUGGAGAUAUUCCUCGGAGCAAUUUCCAAUUUGAUUUUGAGUUUGAGAAAAAGGUUUUAGCUGAAGCAGAGAAAGAAACUCCGAAUUGGAAUCGGUUUGGCCUGGAACAUCUUCCUUCUAAACCAGUGGAGUCCACAACAUCUUCAAUGGCUUCAAUUGGAGAUCCAGUUGUGAGCAAGUAUGUUGCAUCUGGCUUGAGUCGGGAAGCUGUUUCAUUUGCAGUUGCUAAUUAUGGAGACAAUCCAACCAAGGUUCAAGAAUUUGUAAAAGGCUACACACUCCUACGAGAAAUGGGAUUUUCUUCCGUUAAGGUGGUCGAGGCAUUACUCAUGUAUGACAAUGACACUGAUAAGGCUGUAGCUCAUUUUCUUGGCGGUACGUCUUAAUUAGGAAUUAUGGAAAUGAUUGUGUCAAGAAUUCUGUUGUACUCCAACUAUGACAUCUUUGUAUAUGUAAUAUGACACUAGAGGCCUCUUGGGAUUGUAAAUGUGAUGAAGAAUAUAGGCAUUUAUAAUGUAUUGUAUUCAUUUACCUGAUGGUGUUUCACCGAUACUUGCAGACUCUCACAAUGGCAGGUAAUGAUGAUUACGUCUUAUAUUUCGUGUU